AGACCCGGCUCAGUUCCGUUUCCGGGUUACCCAUCCUAUACUAUUUUUAGUACAAGGAUACCCUCUAUCACCAUCCGGAAUCCCAUCUUUCUCAAGCAUACCCAGCCUAUUCGUUUAGGGGCAUUAUCGUCUACUAAAUUCACCUCCGUGCCCUAAGUCCUAACCUGCUCUGCUUCAUUACGAAAUCAGAAUCCCGCUUUCGUGUCCGCAUAUUCUAUUUCACUGUUUAAACCUUUCCCGGCUGAUCUCCUCUCUUCAGUUUCCCAAUCUUAUGGUAAUUAAUUAUUUCAAUUUUAAUAUUCGAUUUUUUUUCCUUUUUUUUGCAUCAGGGUGAGGUUUAUAGUUUUCUCAAAUUGUUCUUGUUGUUUGAUUUCUCUCAUGACUUGUUGUGUAGUACAUGAAUGAGAGUAAUACUUGUUUGAUUGAGAUUUUCUAGCCACACUUAAAAAAGGAGAAUAAGGGGAAGAAUUGAGUAAUAAUUCAAUAGAAUGGGAGUUCCGGCGUUCUACCGGUGGUUAGCGGAGAAGUAUCCGUUGAUAGUGGUGGAUGUGAUAGAGGAGGAGCCGGUGGUUAUCGAGGGAGUUAAGAUUCCGGUGGACACCAGCAAGCCAAACCCUAACAACCUCGAAUAUGACAACCUCUACCUCGACAUGAACGGGAUUAUUCACCCCUGUUUUCACCCCGAGGACCGACCUUCUCCGACCAGCUUCGAUGAGGUGUUCCAAUGCAUAUUCGAUUACAUAGAUAGGUUGUUUGUGAUGGUGCGGCCUCGAAAAGUUUUGUACAUGGCUAUUGAUGGUGUUGCUCCAAGGGCUAAAAUGAAUCAGCAGCGUUCCAGGCGUUUUAGAGCAGCCAAAGAUGCUGCUGAUGCGGCAGUUGAAGAAGAAAAACUACGCCAAGAGUUUGAGAGGGAAGGCCGGAAGCUUCCUCCAAAACAGGAAUCGCAAGUUUUUGACUCCAAUGUCAUAACUCCAGGAACACCAUUCAUGGCUGUUCUGUCAAUUGCUUUGCAGUACUACAUCCAUCUGAGAUUAAACAAUGACCCUGGAUGGAAAGAUAUUAAGGUUAUUCUUUCUGAUGCUAACGUUCCUGGCGAAGGGGAGCACAAAAUCAUGUCAUAUAUUCGCCUUCAAAGGAACCUUCCUGGAUAUGAUCCAAAUACGCGCCAUUGUCUCUAUGGUUUGGAUGCGGAUUUGAUCAUGCUGGCUUUGGCCACUCAUGAUGUUCAUUUUUCAAUACUUAGAGAGGUGGUUUUCACUCCUGGUCAGCAAGAUAAAUGUUUCCUCUGUGGUCAAAUGGGUCAUUUAGCUGCAGAUUGUCAAGGAAAGGCCAAGAGAAAGUCAGGGGAGUUUGAUGAGAAAGGAGAUGCUGAAGUUUCGCCCAAAAAACCCUUUCAGUUUCUUCAUGUCUGGACUCUUCGAGAAUAUUUAGAGUAUGAAAUGAGAAUUCCAAAUCCUCCAGUUGAGAUUGACAUUGAACGGAUUGUUGAUGAUUUCAUCUUCAUGUGUUUCUUUGUUGGCAAUGACUUUUUGCCUCACAUGCCCACUCUUGAGAUCCGUGAGGGUGCUAUUAACUUAUUGCUGGCUGUUUAUAAGAAGGAAUUUAGAGCUAUGGGUGGGUAUCUGACUGACUCGAGCAAGCCAAACCUGAGCAGGGUGGAGCAUUUCAUUCAGGCUGUGGGAUCAUAUGAGGAUAAAAUAUUUCAGAAAAGAGCUCGGCUUCAUCAGAGACAAGCUGAAAGAAUUAAGCGUGAAAAAGCUCAAGUUAAAAGAGGAGAUGAUUCUGAACCUAAUGUUCAGCCUGAAUCACUUGUUGCAGUUGCUCGAUUCACAGGUUCUCGUCUUGCUUCAGGUCCUUCUCCUUCACCUUAUCAGCAGGCUGGGUCGUCAACGUCUGGUAAACGCGAUCAACUUGGGAAAGCUGCCUCCAGUAUGGCUGUUCUGGACAUUCAGUGUAAGCAGCCUGGGAAAUCUGAUGACAAGCUGACUCAUAUCCGGGCUCAAAAAAUUGCACGUUCGACUUCUGGGGCCACUAUUGGUGCUGCUAUUGUUGAAGCUGAGAAUAGUCUUGAAAUUGACGUCCAUGAAAACAAAGAAGAACUAAAAACGAGAUUAAAGGAGUCACUCCGUGAAAAAUCUGAUGCCUUCAGUUCAGGGACUCCCGAAGAAGACAAGGUCAAACUUGGACAGCCUGGAUGGAAAGAGAGGUAUUAUGAGGAUAAGUUUUCUGCUAAGACUCCUGAGGAACUUGAUGAAAUACGGAAAGAUGUUGUUAUGAGAUAUACUGAAGGCCUAUGUUGGGUUAUGCACUAUUACUAUGAAGGAGUUUGUUCCUGGCAGUGGUUUUAUCCUUACCAUUAUGCGCCAUUUGCUUCAGACCUCAAGAAUCUUGGAGACUUGGAUAUAACCUUUGAAUUAGGAUCUCCUUUUAAACCAUUCAAUCAGCUGUUGGGGGUGUUCCCUGCUGCUAGUGCACAUGCUCUUCCUGAGAAUUACAGGAGAUUGAUGACAGAUCCGAACUCACCAAUUAUUGAUUUUUAUCCCGCUGAUUUUGAAGUGGACAUGAAUGGGAAACGGUUUUCUUGGCAGGGAAUAGCAAAGUUGCCUUUCAUUGAUGAAGCCCGUCUUCUUGCAGAGGUUGCAAAAGUCGAACAUACUUUAACGGAAGAAGAAGCUCGGAGAAACAGUGUGAUGUUUGAUAUGCUUUUUGUAUCAGUAUCACAUCGCCUUUCUCCAUAUAUUUUUUCUCUUAAUGAUCGUUGUAAGCAGCUUACGGAUAAAGAACGACUUGAAGUUAAGGAGCCACUUGAUCCGGGAGCCAGUGGUGGGAUGAACGGCUACAUAUCCCUUUGUGCUGGAGAUCCAUGUCCACCGAUUUUUAGAUCACCUAUUGAAGGAAUGGAAGAUAUCAUGAACAAUCAAGUCAUAUGUGCUGUAUAUAAACUUCCAGAUGCUCAUAAGCACAUUGCUCGGCCACUGGCUGGGGUUAUUUUCCCCAAGAGGAUUGUAGCGAUAGGAGAUCUGAAACCUGAGCCUGUACUCUGGCAUGAGGAUUCUGGGAGGAGACCUUUUGAAAAUGGAAGGCAUAACCCUGCGGGUGCAGUGUCAGGUCCACAGCUUGGAGAGGCUGCACAUCGACUUGUGGCUAAUAGUUUACAGGUCAAGGCAGAUAGGAAUGGUUUCAAUGAUCAAAUGUACAUCCCACCUCCUACCCAUUACUUUCCUCACGGUCCACCUAACGUGCCCUUCCAAAAGGAUAGACACCAGGGGCAGGAACCUACAUUGCAGCAGUAUACUACAGGCUAUUCUGCUCAGGUUUCUGUGCGAAGUCACUAUGAUCAUAGUUACAGGCAACCAUAUACUUACCCUGCUGCUCAUAAUUAUCAGAGUAGGUCACAUUCUCAUAAUGAGAGGAGUGACAGGUCUGUGAAUGGAAGUCGUAUUUAUCAGAGUAGGUCACAUUCUCAUAAUGAGAGGAAUGACAGGCCUGUCAAUGGAAGUAGAGAGUACCCCCAGCAUGGAUAUUACCAGGCGGGGUUACAUCAAAGUGGAGGGUUUGGGUACCCUAUGCAUCCUCAGCAUGUAGGCCGAGCUCCACUUCCACCAGGUGCUACAUUUUACCAGCAGGGUGGUGGAUAUGGUAGUUACGAAAGCUUUCAACCUUAUGAGGCUGGCAACUAUAAUCACUGGGGUGGUGGUUGGGCCCGUCAGGUUGACCCCAAUGUUGGAAGGGAAUAUAGACAUCCUCGUCAUUCAGGCAACCAAUUCUCAGCUCUGGAUAGGGGUUCUCACAGGCGACCACCAGUUUCCGAGCAUCCGCGCUAGAGAGGUGCUAUUUUACUGCCACCCUGGUGGCGACCAUGGUUGUUGUAUUAUAGUCAAGUUUUAGACCUAAAAUAGUCCUGACGUUAUAUUUUAUUCUUUUAUAUGUUGUAGAUCUGAAUCUGGGUACGAAAGGUGAAAUAGGGGAAUUUGGAAAACAAAUGGAUCGUCAGGCCAUGUAACCUAUUGAUUCAUUAGGGGUGCUCAUAUUCUUUGGCUGCAUGCGGUUUGUUUUCGGUUGAAGUGCCACGUAAAAUUGAUAAAAUCUCUCUCUCUCUCCCUCUGCGCUUUGCACUUUUA